GGAUAGGCGAGCGCUGCGUCUCCACGCACAACCAGACGGAGCCGCCACUGCGGAGCUCCAACCCAGCUCCCGGAGCAUCCUCCCGGCGCCCCUCGGUAUCCACGCUUCGCCAUGGCCAAGGCCACCGACGUCUGGUCCGACCUCGUUCUCGUCUUCUGGUUCGCUUGCCUCCUGCCCUUGGGUCCGGCGAGGGUGGCGGCAGGUCUCUAUAAUCUUAGCCUUACUGCUGAUGGUCCUGCUACCGUGGGCACCGAAGUGACCAUCUCAGCCAGCCUGGAGGUCAAGGACAAUGGCAGCCUGCCCCUGCCUGCAGACACCCACCUCUACCGCUUCCACUGGAUCCACACACCUCUGACACUCACCGCCAAGAGUGAGAAGAAUCUAACCUCGACCAUCCACGUGGUGGGCGGUGUGCCUGGGGACUUCCCAGUCUCUGUCUGGGUCACUGCUGUCGACUGCUGGGUGUGCCAGCCGUUAGCCAGGAGCACUCUACUCCUCCCCAUUAAAGGCCCCACGACCUUGUUGAUAACUGACAACCCUGUGGUGUAUUACAACUACUCGAGCCCUGGAACCUUCAUAGUGAAAGUCAGGGUGGUGGCAGAAUGGGAGCAGAUAAAGCCAGACACCACGAAGGGCAUCAUACAGAAGACCGGUGACUUCUCAGCAUCAUUGGAUCUGCGGGAGUCGCUUCAAGGCAUCCAGAUUUUGGGGCCCACCCUCCUGCAGACAUUCCAAAAGCUGACAAUGAACCUGAACUUCUUCGGGAGCCCGCCGCUGCAUGUGUGCUGGGGCCUCAAGCCACAGUGUCUCCCACUGGAGGACAGAGAGUGCCACGCUGUGUUGGUGACCCGGACAUCUUUUAACCUGACCCACGUCUUCCAGGACCCCGGGGACUACUGCUUCAUCUUCCGUGCUGAGAAUGCUAUCAGCAAGGCUCACCAGUACCACAGGAUUCAGGUGUGGCCCUCCAGCUUCCAGCCGUUCGUCUUUGCUUUCCCGUGUGCCACGCUAAUCACCGUGCUGCUGGUUUUCCUCAUGUACAUGACUGUGCGGAGUGCCGCAACCCAGAAGGACGUUGUGGAGAGCCCAGGGGCCACUGGGCUCAAGUGUUGCUGCCAGGUGUGCUGCGGAUCCCUCUUUCUGGACUCCCCGUCUGAGUACCUGGAAAUCGUCCGAGAGAACCACGGACUGCUUCCACCCCUCUACAAACCUGUGAAAACGUACAAUGUGUGAACUCCCACCCCAGACCUCUCUCAGUAUUCACCGAUCACCCGUCAGGAGCUUCGGGCAGGGUGACCUAUGCUACUGAGCAGGAGGGGUUUACACCGGGGUGACCGUGUGCCCAGACGGGGGUCGCCGAUCUGUACAGUCCAGCUGACGUCAUUCGUCCUUUGUGUCGCCCCCCCCCACUGUCAUCUCCUCAUCUGUACAGUCUAGUCAGUGCUGUAAACUGUUCCCAGUCACCCUCCCCCCACCCCCUCUACCAAGCAGGAUUCUAAUCUUUAGUGCGUUGUGUUAAGACUCUCCCAGGCAGGUCUGGCGGCCCCUUGCCCAUUGCUCACUGGGGACUACUGAGGCCCCUGGCCAGAAGGAACGAGGAAGGAGGUCACAGAUGGUUAAGUAUAGAUAGCGAAAGAUAACACGCUCAGAUAGAUGGGCGUGCUCACAGCAAGGAAGGGCACACGUGGCCGUGAUGGAGCACCUGAGAUGAUCUGCUGCGUAUCUGGAAGGCUUGUUGCUAGGAUGGAUUUGAACUAGACCUCAAAGGUGGCACCCAAGCCUGGCCUCGUCCUCUGUCCUUUGUCUCUACAGUUCCACGACCAGGCCAUUCUGUUUCCCUGCCUGCUUGCUGGAGGCUGGGGUGGGGGAUGGGGGCAGAAUGAACGCCCUGUGAGUGUAGAAUGCUUUGUAAGUGGACCCUCUUUUGCUGAAACCUGCAAGAUCAAUGUCCACUGAGGAAAGAAGUAAUUGGGGCAAAUAGAAGGAAGGUUGAGCUAGUGAGGAUUUGGGAUAGAAGUUUUGUACUGCUGAGUCUUGAUGUCUCUCUCUCUCUCUCUCUCUCUCUCUCUCUCUCUCUCUCUCUGUGUGUGUGUGUGUGUGUGUGUGUGUGUGUGUAGUAUAGUGUGAUACCUUACCCACUCAGUUACUCCCAAAGUAGCAGAAGAAAAAAGCAGGAGGCAGAGGAUGCUUUGAAAGAUGAUAAAGGAUGAUCAGGAGGAGUCUGGCAUGGUGGUGCACACCUUUAACCUCAGCAUUCGGGAGGCAGAGGCAGGUAGACAUCAGAUCAGA